AUGGAGGAACUGGAGAAAGCGGUGGAAUCUAUGCAGAAAGAGGUCCAAAAGAUUACCGAGUUAGAAGAAGAUGUCAAGGAGAUGAAGAAGCAACUUGAGAAACUUGACGUUAUGGAGAAACAAAUGGGAAAGCUGGAUAUCCUCGAGCUGCUCCAGAAGAGGCUGAUGGGGGAGGAACGUAGGUCGUGGGUGACGGAGGCUCAAAACCUCGAGACCACCGCUAACCCAACGGACGUGAUUCAGCGACUUUUCACUCCCGGCGCAGCGCCCACAACGGUGCAGAUGCAAACGCAGAAUGAGACAACCGAGUCAAAGGAACCUCUGAUGCGUAAGAUAGAGAUUCCCCUGUUCGAUGGCGAGAACGCGGAAGCAUGGGUACAACGGGUAGAGCAGUACUUUGAGAUGGAGGACUUUACGGAGGAAGAGAAACUGAAAGCAGUCCAGAUGUGUUUUGAUGGGGAGGCGAUAAGUUUGUAUCGGUUGAAAAGAGAUCGUAAUCCAUUCACGAGUUGGGAACAGGUGAAAGAAAGGGUUUUGGAGAAUUUCUCGGUGGCACAUGACGUUUGCGCUGGAGAUAGACUCUUACUUCUACGGCAGGACGAAUCCACCGGAAAGUAUUGUAAGGAUUUCAUCGCUCUAGCGUCCAACGCACCGGAGGUAACAGAGAGGAUGCUGGAGUUGGCAUUCAUGAUCGGGCUCAGGCCAAAGAUACAAGCUGGAGUUAAGAUGUUCGAGCCCCGGGGACUCCAACAGAUGAUGAGCCUUUCCAGAAAGGUGGAGGAAUGGUCAGAGGAGUCAUCACCGAAGACUUCGUGGGGUUGUGGAGGAAGGACGACGUGGUUAGGAGGAGAACGCAUGGUUAUCCUUGGUGGUCAACAGACACAGGGGAGUCAAACCAAUAUCAGAGGGGGAUCUCAAACUAAACCUAAUGAGAGCCGGCGACUACCAUACCGACGAUUGACGGAUGCUGAGGCAAAUGAACGGAGAGUGAAGGGACUUUGCUUUCGGUGUGAUGAACGUUUUCACGCCGGUCACCAGUGUCGUCUGAAGGAGCUUCAGGUGAUGGUGGUAAGCGAAGAGAUAGGAGAUGGAAAGUGUUUCUAUGAUGUUGAUGAAGAAGCAACAUACGUCGUGACUGGGGAGGUGGCCGAGUGCCAUGUUCUCUCAUUGGGUUCAGCAGCUGGCAUCUCUUCUCCGCGGACCAUGAAGCUCAGGGGAACGAUUCGUAAUCUGAGGGUUACAAUCCUAAUCGACAGCAGAGCGUCUCACAAUUUUCUAUCCCAUGCCAUGGUUCACCAGCUGGGUAUCACUCCCCGAGGGACUCAGGAGUAUGGCGCGCGAAUGGGAACAGGUAUCACUAUCCAUGGUACCAGAAUCUAUCAAAAAGUAGCCUUGGAACUUCCGGAUUAUACACUGUGGUUAGAAACACUAGGCGAGAUGAGGGUGAAUUGGAAGGAGCAAGUAAUGAAGUUUCUGGUGAAUGAGGAGCUGGUGAUGGUUCUUGGGGACCAUAGCCUCACUAACACCGCCGUCUCCCUAAAAGCAUUGUGGAGAAUACUCAGGCAAGAAGGAGAAGUGUUGUUGGUGGAGUGUAGCAAACUCCAAGGAAGGGAAGAGGAGAAGGUAGUGACGUGCCCUGCUGAGUUCUCUCGUUUAAUGGAGGAAUAUGUAGGAGUGUUUGUAGAACCUAAAGGACUGCCUUCGUCACGGGGAAAGAAAUAA